AAAACAUCUGAACCAGCACGUACUGCAGAACGGUGUGACGUCACGACGUAUUGACGCAGCUUUGGCUGUGCUUCCCUGACAGUAGCUAAUAUUCUUGUAAUUAUUUUUUCAAGACUUUAUUUUAUCGCAGCGCGAAUGACAGUCCGUGAGGGACAGAGACACCUUUCAUGUAGUGUAAACCGUCGAGGAAUCGAUUCCAUGGAAGUCGUGGACAGCCCGCUCAAUCUCGCUCAUCAGCAGUGCAGGAAGGCAGACCGCUUGCUAGUGGCUGGAAAGUAUGAAGAAGCCAUUUCCUGCCAUGGAAAAGCAGCAGAUCUUUUGACAGAUGCAAUGAAGACAACAGAGUGUGAGCAGGCUCGCCUGUCCAUGGAGCUGCAGAGGGACAGUCAUAUCAAACAGCAGCGACUGAUCCAGGAGCGCUGGAAAAGAGAGGCUCGUCGUGAGGCAACAAAGGCCCGACCUGGCCGGGUGCAGCCCUCCAGUGGUACAGCCCUCCUCACCCAGACCCAGUCCACAGGCCAGCUUCAGCCCCAUGGUUCACCAGGCCUCUCAGCUGCAGAGGGUAUAGGAGCCAGGGAGAGAGAGUACGACACCUUGCUCUACCAGCUUCAGACUCGGCAGACUGGAGGCUGCCAGCCUUUGACGCCACCGUGCCCUGGAUCUAAGACCACCAAAGAUGACAAAACUCGCCUGGAAGAACAACAGACCACCAUCGAUGACCUGCGGCGCCUGGUCGACCACCUGAUGGAUGAAAACCAGCGGCUAACGGCUGAGAACGAACGGCUACAAUCAGAAAAUGCCCGGCUGCGCUCUGAGGCGGCUGAGGCGGCAGACUUCGUGGAACGUUCGGAGCUCUGGGUGCUCCCACAAGCAGGUGGCGCAAUGGGAACAGGGGGUGGGCAGGAGAGGAAAAGCACAGGAAAGGGGAAGGAGAUCGCAAUCCCUCAGCUGCCGCCGCUGGAGAUGCCAGCUCAGGAGGAUCUGUGUCUGGAUGACCUGCCUCCUCUGGAGUUGCCAGAGGACAUCCAGAAUGAACUACAGGAGCUACUGGACAGGGAUAAACUGUGAUAAGAGACAUGUCUCACACAUGCGCGUGCAUGCACACACACACACACACACACACACACACACACACACACACAAGCACAAGGGUUCAACCAAUAUGGCUUUUGGAUGCCAAAAUGUUUGACAUCUUAAACCCACAGGCUCUGUGUGAUCAGACCUCUGCUCAGGUUAAAGGUGGACAGAGAUAUCAUUGAAAUUCCAGGAGCCCCACAAACUCUCUGCACUCAACAGAUGAUAAAUGAUAAUCAGGCAGAUGAAGUGAUACCCUUACCACUAAUACAAUGCAAUCAAAGUCAGAGAUAAAGGAAUAGUUGACCCACAAUGUCAGUUGGAACAUUGGUGAGAUUGUGUGUCAGACUGAAGUAUAAGAAGAUGGAUGUUAAGUUGUUAUUUCUGUUCUGUUUUGUUUGAUGAGACACAACAUAUUUUAUUGUGUCUAGAUAUAGCCAUUAAAUAACUCUGAACAACUUAACCUGGGCUCAGACUACAGGAGUUUGUGCGCGAUGCACCCUGAUUUCAAAAUCGGUUAGGAUUUUAAAACUCAUGUAGUUUGAGACUGGUUUUAGGCCCCGAUCACACCGAAAUCAUUUUAGCAGGUGGAGGUGGCUUUAUGUAAUUGUUUUUAAUGAGAACGAAGCUUUUUGCUUGCUGUAUUUUGCGUUGCUACACGGCUCGCGUUUCUGCACUCUAGGCGCCUGAUGUUUUUGCCCGAGCGCUCUGACCUCCUGGAGUUGAAAAAAUUUCAACUUAGAGCGAAAAAGCGCCCCUUUUCAAUCUCUGCAUGGUCCAGUAGGAUGACUGGAGAGGCGGGCCUUCUGUGGUGGUCAUGACAACAAGUUUACAGUUGGUUAACAGUGGAGGAGAAACUGGUGGUAGUGGUUGCUGGAUACCGAGAGCUAUACGACUUUACAAACCAGUUACCACCAUCUCAAUAGAAAACAGCAGGCGUGGAAGCAUAUAAAAGUGCAGUACUGAAAUAGCCAUCAUGGAGGCGAAACGCCUUGACCAACUGGUGGUGCUCAGUCAUUCUGCAGGAUCAACGAACUCCCUGUAGUUAGUAUUCAUUUUUGUUAUGCUAGGCCUGACGAUAGACAGCAGGUUGUCAACCCACCCCCAAGUCUUCGUAAAAUGGCCAUCAUCAAGGUGUAACUCCUGGACCAACUAGUUGUACUCCCCAUGAUCCACCGUCUUUUUUAGGGUCUCAUGUACCCACACAGAUCUCUGUUUACCUGUGCCUAACAAACUAUUUGCUGACAGCCUCUCACCCUCAACCAGGGCAAGAGCAAGUACCCUCUGCCUGUCCAUUUUGGGAACUUGAUACUAAUUCCUGUGAAAUAAAUAAUAAUAAAAAUAAACGGCAAAUUGAUUACACAGAAAGGUUAUGGUAAGGAGGUGAUGGGGUGGUUGCCUGGCAACAAUAAAGAGGCGCAGCAGGGUUUUUUCUACUAGUGGCAUUCAAUUUACACAAAAAAGGCAACCUGUAAAACACUUUGUGUGUGACCGGGGCCCUAGGCAGCAUCAUUUCAGUGAUCUGAAGCUAAAUUAGAGGGCUUUUUUAUUUAUAUUAUAUAUUGAUAAGUCGUAUUUUUUCUGUCUGCAAAUCUCGUGCGUGUGUGUGUGAGAUCUGAGUGGUAAAAACAGUGGAGGAAGACAAGCACAUGUAGGCCAAUGACUGAUUAAUAUAUUAUGAUAAUAAGUUGACUAUUUAAUUCAGUAAACAUUAAAUAAACAACAAUAUUACAUUGUUUUAUGAGUUCAUUGGUUAUAAUUUGUAAUUUGGUGUGAUUUUAUACUACCUUUUUUUAACUUCUGGAACCUGAAAAUUCUGUUGAGGGAUGAACAAAAUACUGUCAGUGUGACGUCUUAAAGCAAACCGUUGCCUGAAACCUUAUGAAUGAGUACAACUGAACUUUCCUUUUUUUGUCUUAAAUUCUCCUUUGUUUAAUAUAGUGUUUUGUUUUAGAUAAUCAUGUAAUCAUAGACUUUUGAUCCCCCUUCCGGUCUUACAACACAUCUAUGCUACACAUGCUGUUUGGAAUACAUUUUGCGGUUAUUCUGUGUUCCCAGCAGCCUCAGUCAGAGAAGUUGGAGAAUGUAGCUACUAACACACUCACCUGAUGUUACACUGACUGGGUAUCAACUGUGUGGAUGAACUGCUCCUUUUAAGGGCAUCACUGGAAAUGCUUAUUCUGUUCGCCUUUUAACAGUGUCAGAGUUAUUGGUCUAACCCUACCACACACACACAUACACAUCAGGAUCAUGUGCCGCGAGAAUCACAGAAAAGCAUAUUGCUGUUGUUGAGGAAAAACUACAUGGCUGCAUUUUUAUCUUUUUUAUUUUCUCUUAGCGUACUUGAAUUAAAGGCUUCAAUGAUCA